AUGGCCGACUCCCCUCGCUCGGACCGUAAGGUCAGGCGGAGUCGUCUCGGAUGUGAGACCUGCAGAGCCAGAAAGGUGCCGUGCCAUCCAUUCUUCCUUCACACGCCUCCACGCUAGUCCCGGAAAGACGCUGACCUGUUCACUUGCCUCGUACAGGUGCGCUGUGAUGAACGUCCCGGGCGAUGCUUCAACUGCGAACGCCUCGGCCUUAUCUGUGCACCCUCCGGCCGACACGGAUCAACAGACGCUGCACCCCUUAUCGCUCAGCAGCAAUCCGAUGCCAAUGGACCCAAUGCUGCCGCGGGCCUCAAGCGUAAACGGACCUAUCGAUCUUGCGCAGAGUGCCGUAACUCCAAGACCCGAUGUUCGGGUAACAAGCCGACCUGUGCCCGAUGCGGCGACAAAGGCCUUCCGUGUAAUUAUGAAGACGAAUCCGAGCCGGCGUGGAAGCAGCGUGUUGCCCUCAAGGCCUCGCCGGAACAUGCCUCUCCCACGAGAGACUCGGGUCUGGCGGACGAACCGACGCCACGAAGCGAAGUGGAUGCUCGCAUAGUCGAGACAACCCCUUCCGCACUCGCCGAUCUUGCCUCGCCCGCUUUGUCAACACAUACUCAGAGCAACACUGCCUCGGAGGAUCUUGCUUGGUUGAUACACCCUCACCUACCCGACCAUCCGAGGAUCAGGGCUCUGGUAGAGCGAUACUUCUCCAACGUUCAUCACCUCCGGUGCUUUGCCUUCUUGCACAAGCCCUCUUUUCUACAAAAAUUGGACAACGAUGCCAACAAGAAUCACGACAGCAAUCCCAUCUUACAUAUCGUGUGCGCCCUCGGAGCGUUGUUCUACGCCGUGGAGCAGGAGUUGAGUACAAAUCGUCCGCUGUCAAUCAAUCCCUUGGAUGCAGGCCGGCACUGGGCCAGCCGCGCUCAAACUCUCAUACUUGCCCGGCUGGAUAAAAUCUCCGUAGAGCAUCUCAUGGCCGCAGUCCUGUUGCACGACUACGAGAUCCGUCUCGGUAGCUACUCGAACGCAUUCAUGUUGAGCGCCAUCACUGCAAGGAUGGCCCAAGCCCUCCAGAUCAAUCUCGAGCAUUCCACCGACGUACUGUGUCGUGAACCCGGCAAUGCCCCUUCAGCAAGCGUCAAAGAGAGUCGACGGCGGCUGAUGUGGUGCUGCUAUAUCACAGACUCGCUUGUUGGCAGCGGCAUCGAUCAGUUGACGAUGAUCGAUGAAGCCGACAUCAAGAUUCAAUUGCCCUGUAAUGAAAGAAACUUUGUUCUCGAAGAGCCAUGCAUCACCGAAACGAUCGAGGUUGGCCAGAUGUUAAACUUCCUUCCACCAGAACUAUUACCGACAUACCCGCAAGACUGCAUGGGUAUGACUGCGUUCUACAUUCGACACAUCGCAACAAGACGGAAAGUGCUCAAGUACGUUAUCGACCCUCUCUCGCUCCUUCGGCCACGCUGACAUGGACAUGGAUUCCAGAUACAUCAAGCACCUAGACACAGCAAAGCCGCCGUGGCAGCCUGAUUCGGAAUUCGCACAGCUUGACGCCGAGCUGCGAUACUGGUAUGACAACUUACCAGCAAACCUACGAUUCACACCAACUACAUUAUACAUUCGACAAGAGACGUCCCAGGUAGGCGCUCUCUGUGCACUCCAUUAUGCAUAUCACCAGACGAUGUGCGACCUAUAUCGAAUAGGUGAGUGCAUGCAACAAUCUUGCACAUGUAUCGAUGAACACUGAACUUGCUUUACAGGAGCACCCGGCUUGUACAAACUUCGCUCUGCCGUCGCCUUUCCGCCUGAGCAAGCAGAAUUCCUGAGGCAACUUCAGGCUACGCUGUUUGGCCAUGCUCGAAGUCUGGCCACCAUCAUGGCCGAGGCACUUCGUCACGGCCCUCACGCCAUUGCCGACAGCUGGCUACCCACCAUCCUCUACGACUCGUGUAAAAUCAUGCUCUUCUACCUCACGCAACUCAUCGACCCAACAGCAGAAGUGAGUAAAGCCUUGCUGGCCGAGACCAUACCUCAUGUCCGCAACAACGUCAAAGCGCUCAAGAUCAUGCGCUCCAUGUACGCAGCUGCUAUUCCCCUAUUCAAGUCAGCCGACACCAUGCUCGAGAAAGUCGGCAUCGUAUCCGAAGACGGUCGCUGUGGAGGACACAACCUCAUUCCGGAAGACCCGUACUCCAACAACGAAGCGGAAGACACCACGUCGCAAUCUGCACCCGGCACGCCCGCUCAGAGCGCACCGGACUACAUUCUCAACCCCCUCUCCAUCUACAACCUCGCCCGAAAAUCGAUACCCGAGAAGCACGCUCCGCAGAAACAACCGCAGAUCGCACAAACCGCGUCAACUUUCACACCCCCAGCACAGCAGACACAGCCACGCCCUACUCCGAAUCGCUCUGCAUCAUCACAGACGACCUUCUACGCCGGCAACGGACACGCGCACGGGAAUGGAGAUGAUUCUCUGCUCGCCCCAGAACUGCGAGCCAGCUCGGCUGCGCCAGUCGAUCAAAUCAAUUUCGAGGAACUACAAUCUCUAUUCUCGACAGAUCCCACGGGCUGGACAUGGCAGCCUGCCGAGACUGCUGUUGGUUCGAGGAAUGAAGCGGUAGGAUUGCCGCCCUGGGAAUCGAGUGGGUUGGACGGACAGCUGGACGCUUGGAUUCCUACCUUUGCUCUGGAUUCGUAG